AGGGAUCAGACAGCCUCAAUGUGCCGUGUUUCGCAUUCCUCCUUCAGCCUUAGCACGAAACACUUUGCGCCAUAUGCCGUUGAUACGGUCAUAUAAGGACCUCGUUCAAAAUAUUGGCGCCUGCUAUGGAAAUCAACCGCCUGCAACCUCGUUCUGCUUUCCAGACCUCUACUUUCUCGGUCUCUUCGGUUGAUAAGUACGACGAUGACGACGACAUAAUCAUAGACGAUGAGUACAUCGUUAAUCGCGCCUCAGAGAGAAGAUUACUCAGGCAACUUGAUCUUCGUAUCAUACCAGCAUUUGUAUUCAUGUCUCUGCUCAACUUCCUGGCUCGAGCUAAUAUCGGCAAUGCCAGGAUCCUGAAAGCCGAUAGUGGCGACUCCAUCAUCCAGGCUCUACAUAUGACAGAUCAACAAUUCCUCGUAGUAUUGGCAAUGUUCAUCGUCCCAUUAGCGAUGUUCGAGACCCCAUCGAAUUAUAUGCUCAAAUACUUCUCUGCGCCACAUUGGUUCGCCUUUCUCUUGCUCGGGUGGGGGGCAACCAAUACGAUUAUAGCCGCAUCUCGGAAUUACAGCACACUGCUUGGUCUUCGGUUCUUGCUGGGCACCUUCGAGGCAGGUUUCUUCCCCGGAAUGAUAUACUUCCUCACAUUCUGGUAUCGACUCCAAGAACGCGCGCUCCGUUUAUCAUAUGUCAUCGCAGGUGCGCCACUCGGAGGCGCAUUCGGCGGUAGCAUCGCGUACGGAGUAGGGUUUAUGAACGGAGUCAGAGGCCUACAAGCUUGGCGAUGGCUGUUCAUCAUCGAAGGCGCGCCGUCAUGUCUCCUCGCAAUACUCGUGUAUUUCUUCUUUCCCUCCUACCCUGAGAAAGCGGCCUGGCUGUCACCAGACGACCGUGUUCUCGCCGUCCAGCGGCUGAACCAAGAGAAGUCCACGUCUCUGGGGUAUGCCAGGAUUACAUGGGAUGGGGCCAAAUCUACGGUGAAAGAUUGGCGAUUAUACUUGCAUUAUGUGGUGUUUAUCUCGGUAUCGAUCCCGUUCUCGAGUAUAUCGUUAUUUACACCUACAAUUGUCGACGGACUGGGGUAUAGAGGGCUCAACGCUCAAUUAUUCACGGUACCGCCCUUUGCUGUGACAUUCGUGGCUACUGUAGUGGUGUCCUUGGUGGCAGAUCGUUAUCGGACCUGGUCGAUGUGUGCGAUGGUCUCGAUGGUUCUAGCAGGAAUGACAUUUAUCAUUCACGGUUCGCUUCCACCAACUUCAUUCAAGGCGCGGUAUGCGAUGCUCUGCCUGGGAACGAUGUUCUCCUACGCUGGCAACCCCUCCCUACUGGCAUGGCUUACUGGCAAUCUACGGGAUACGAAUGCGACGACACUGGCAAUUCCUGUGAAUGUGGCUUUUGGGGCGGCGGGCCAGAUGAUAGGAAUAUUCAUAUACAAGUCUAGUGAAGCUCCUGGCUAUCCGACCGGACAUUUUACGAAUGGGGCAGCAUUGCUAGUAGGUGCAUUAGGUGUCGGAAUCUUAAGGGUCAUCUAUAAGAGGAGGAAUCUAGAGCUAGGUGUCGGACAAAGUCCGUGGAUAGUGUGAAUUGCACAUGUCCUGUCACGCCGACAAACAAAAGCA